AUGGCAUUAGCUGAAACCAUAUUAAGAAAGGUCCAUAAGUCUGGACUUAUACCAAAGGUUGUCAAGUUAAUUCCGGUAAUUUCAUUUUUACUUGCUGUAUCUAGUAUUGCAUGGUUGUUUGUUUUGCCUUACGAAGGGUUUUAUAGAAACACGUAUAUCUCUGAAAAUGCAUUAAUGCCAGGACAAGUAACUUCAUACUUCAGAGAAAGUGAGUGGAAUAUAGUCAGAGGAUAUAGAGGUGAUGUUCAUGACUUUGAACAUAAGCCAAUCGACGAAAGAAAUUCAAUAGUGGAGACAUGGUUGACUGACAUUGGCCUAAAGACGUCUUAUCACAUUAAUCCAAACGGUAAUAACACAUUAUAUGGUAUAAUGCAUGCGCCUAGAGGUGAUGAUACUGAAUCUAUGGUAUUAGCAGUUCCAUGGACGACAUCUACUGGACAAUAUAAUGAAGGUGGAGUAGCAAUCAGUGUUGCAUUAUUGAGAUAUUUUAAUAAAAUGUCCAUAUGGUCAAAGAAUAUCAUAUUAGUAUUUCCAGAAGAUGGACAUGCAUCGUUGCGGUCAUGGGUAGAAGCAUAUCACACUUCAUUGGAUAGAACUGCAGGCUCAAUUGAGGCUGCAAUUGUAAUGGAGUAUGAAGGAGUAUCUGAUUAUUUUGACUAUUAUGAAAUAAAUUACGAAGGAUUAAACGGCCAAUUACCUAACUUAGAUUUAUUAAAUACUGCGAAUACCGUAGGACGUCAUGAAAACCUUCAGUGCUCCAUUCAAUCAACAUCAGCAAACCAAUUACUGACUAAUUCUUAUUUCUCCAGAUUACGUGUUUUGUUUAGUGGUAUUUUGAACUUGGCUUUAGCAGGACUAAACAGGAACACGCCUGGGUGUGAAGCUUUUUCUGGAUGGCUGAUCCAAGCAUUUACAGUUAAGGCCAGAGGUACUUCUGGGCCUGCCGAUGUUACACAGUUCGGAAGAAUAGUUGAUUCAACUUUUAGAUCUGUAAACAAUUUAUUGGAGAAGUUUCAUCAAUCGUUCUUUUUCUAUUUAAUGUUAGCGCCUAAUCAUUUUGUAUCAAUUGGAACGUACUUACCGUCAGCCAUUUUAAUUGCUGUGGCUUUUGCUAUUAGUUCUUUUGGAUGUUUAUUAAACAGUGGUCUUGAAAUGAGCUUGUUUUUAGGAACAAUUAAUAAAUUGCUUAUAAUGUUUACCAGUGUGGAAGGUAUAUGUUUCCUUAUUUCAAUAUUAUUACCCUAUUUGAUCAAGUUGUCAGCAGAUUCAGAGGAAUUAGGAGUAACUAUCGUCUUAUAUGGGCUUAUAUACAAUAGUAUUGCAAUUUCAAUUCUGCCUAAUUUCAAUAUUCAGGGUUUGAAGAAAUAUAAAUUAAGCAAAGAAUUGACCUAUAUGUUAAUUGCAAUGUCUUUGUUUUGGAUAGCGAUGUUGAUCACUACUUUACUAAUUGUUCAUUUUGCGUUAGCGUUAUCUAUCGGCUUUUUUGCAUUACCGCUUACAUUUGUACAACCAAUCAUUACCAAUGCAAACCUCAAGAAAUUAGGUAACAAUAAUCCAUCUACAAAGAAAAAUUACCCAUUUAGUAAACUAAUUAAUUAUUUUAACAAAAAGGAUUUAUCAAGGAUUAAAGUGGCUGCAUGUUUACUUAUGUCAAGUCCAAUUUCCAUCAUUUAUUUGAUAGGAAUGGUUUUUAUUCAUGAAGAUCAAGGGGUUACAAAAUUGAUGAGAGGCUUACUUACUUCAUGGGAUGAAUUACAAUGUUGGACUUGGUUUGUUAUAAUAUUGGGGUGGCUACCAGCUUGGUUAAUUAUUGCAUUUAGUUGUAUCAUUGGUGACUUUGAAACGAAUCAAACUGAAUUAGACCUUAAAAAGUCCCAAUAA